CGGAGAGAGCGCGGGUGACGGGGCGGGCAGCCGGGCAGCCGCAGGUGGGGCCUCGAGCGCUGGCAGAGGGACCAGGCCGGGAGCCCGGAGCCCCGAGCCCCCGCAACCCGCGCCGGGAGCGCCCAGGAUGCCCCGCGGGGACUCGGAGCAGGUGCGCUACUGCGCGCGCUUCUCUUACCUCUGGCUCAAGUUCUCCCUCAUUAUCUACUCCACGGUGUUCUGGCUGAUUGGGGGUCUGGUCCUGUCUGUGGGGAUCUAUGCAGAGGUCGAGCGGCAGAAAUACAAAACACUCGAAAGUGCCUUCCUGGCCCCAGCCAUCAUCCUCAUCCUCCUGGGGGUCGUCAUGUUCAUCGUCUCCUUCAUUGGUGUGCUGGCGUCCCUUCGUGACAACCUGUGCCUUCUCCAGUCGUUUAUGUACAUCCUUGGGAUCUGCCUCAUAAUGGAGCUCAUUGGUGGUGUGGUGGCCUUGACCUUCCGGAACCAGACCAUUGACUUUCUGAAUGACAACAUUCGAAGAGGAAUUGUGAACUACUAUGAUGAUCUGGACUUCAAAAACAUCAUGGACUUUGUUCAGGAGAAGUUCAAGUGCUGUGGUGGGGAGGACUACCGAGAUUGGAGCAAAAACCUGUACCAUGACUGCAUGGCCCCAGGACCCCUGGCCUGCGGGGUGCCUUACACCUGCUGCAUCAGAAACACGACAGAAGUUGUCAAUACCAUGUGUGGCUACAAAACUAUCGACAAGGAGCGUCUCAGCGUGCAGAACAUCAUCUACGUGCGGGGCUGCACCAACGCCGUGCUCAUCUGGUUCAUGGACAACUACACCAUCAUGGCGGGCAUCCUGCUGGGCAUCCUGCUUCCCCAGUUCCUUGGCGUGCUGUUGACGCUGCUGUACAUCACCCGGGUGGAGGACAUCAUUGCAGAGCACUCUGUCACUGACGGGCUCUUGGGACCCGGCGCCAAGGCCGGCGUGGAGGCAACGGGUACGGGGUGCUGUCUGUGCUACCCCAACUAGCGCCCAGCCUGGGACAGUGGCUGUAGCAGCGAUGGUGUGGGACAGGCCUGCGGCCUCUGCCCAUGCUGGCAUGACCAAAGCCUGUACUGGGUGUACCAGCGUGCAGGUCCCACAGCCCCUGCCUCCCAGAGGCAGAGACUGAGACUCUCCUAAGAGGCUUUUCUACGGCCACUGUGGGGACCCGGAGACAAGGGCAUGCCUUCUCCAGGCCCAGGCCAGGGGAAGUUCAGGGCUCAGCUCGGGCAGGCCCUUUUCAUUUCUGGCAGUGCCUUGGCCGGUGGUAUUUAUGCCCUUUGGAGGGCAGUUUUGUAGUGAAUUGUGAGCCGGGGGAGAGAGAAGGGCAGGGGCAGGAGGGGAGGACGGCAGCCCCAGAGCCCCUCUGCCACGCCCCAGGGCCAGGUUGGGCCGUUUCUCAGCCUCCCAGGUGCCUUGAACCCUCAUCCGCAGGGGCUGCUGCUUUGCUGACCCUGGUUUUUUAUGUGAUUUUUUUGUAACAUUCAUCUUUUGUACAGAUCAGCAGGAGUUUCUGACUAAUCAAAGUUGGGUAUUUCCCCACAAGUCCUAUUCUUGCCCCUCCCAGCCAGUUUGUGAAUCAAACAAUAAAGACAUGAUUUUUAAAAAAGA